AUGAACCGUUUCCGAAACAAAAAGAAGGCGAAGGAGACUUCCGAGUCAUUGGUACGAGCUUCGACGGAGUCUGAAGUACCUUCAAUACAACCUGUGAAGAAGUCAAAGACAUUCGGAAGGGGAAAGAAGAACCCAGAGCCCGAGCCAAAGCCGGAACUCGACCUCGCAAAUGCUUUACCACCAUCGGACGACUUCCGAACAAGUUUAUUGAUGAAUGGCCUGUCAGCAAGAUUCUCAAUGCUGCGAGAACAAGAUGAUCCAAAGUCAAAGAUAGGCAAAGCCAGCGACGACAGUGUAUUAUUUCCAAAGCGACAAUCAAGAUUUAAUGACCUUGCCUUCCAAUCCCAUGGCCUCUCUGAUAUUGCAGAAGUAGCAUCCAUCAAUGGAUCCAUCAGACCCCCUUUUGCCAUCACUAGAAAGGAGUCGUACGACACGACUGGAAGUUUUGGCACAGAUGAUGACUCGACGCAUGGAAGUAUAAUGAACCGGUCAAAGCCAGGAGAAGGCAAUAAUCUUUUUGGAGGACGUCAAAAAAUCUACAAAAUUCCGGUCACUGCAUCUGGAUCUACAAAAAGCUUAGCCGAAGCAGGAGGGUCUGGAAUGGGAGGUCGAGCUUUAUACGGGGACGAUGUUAGCCAGUCAGCCUUUCAGAAGCUACGAGAGCGUGAACGAGAACAAGAACGAGAACGAGAACGACUAGCAUUAUUGGAACAAGAAGAGAGCGAGGCUCAGUCUUCACGACCCCCUUCACCUCCUUUGUCCGGAUACAAUCGAGAUAGGGAAACAUCAUCAACAACAUCCUCGGGCGGGCCUUCCAAUACUCGGACCUCAACAGCUGCUACUUCUUUCACCUCACAACGAACGCCUUCACUCAAUGGAUCCCAUACUCCCAUUACACCUGGAGGCUCGGUCUCAAAUGGAGGUCUUGAGAGAACCACCACCAAAGCUCGCCGCUUGUAUGAAACUGGCCUUGAUCAGCACCUCCACGAACAGCAAUUCUCAGCUAUGAACAGGAUCGACACUUUGACUAGACAACGGACUCUUGGUGGCCAAACACCCCCGCUCGUAAAUUCGCCCACGAAUAUACCCAAUCAGGGCGAGAAGUGGGGGGAAAGAAGGCCAAUCGCGGGACAAGCAAGCAUGCCAAACCUACGAGCCGCUAGCCCCCCACCGAAUGUCAAUCCCUUGAACACUUUUGACUUUGCCAUAAGAUCAAACAAUGCCCCAGAAACGAAAUCGUACGGAAUGGUAUCUCCACCAUUGAGCCCACCAAUGAGCGAACAUGACGACCCUGCCAUUAUGCCUGUCCAGCCAAACGAUAGGGGGAAGGCUACCGCUCUGGGUGCUUUUGCAAAACCAGUGCAGCCAUAUGAUGAGAACAAAUAUUCCCAAAGGCAACUUCAGAUGCAGCAAGGACGAAAAUCACCACCGAUAAGGAAGAACUCUCCUCCCCGCGCGUUUCCUGCUCCUCAUCAGCAGCCAAUGGGUCGCACUCGAGCUGAAUCCAACGCUACCUUUGCUUCUGGCAGGUCAAGAUCCAACUCAUCCGCACAACGACAAUUCCUUCCGUCGGACCGUAUACCGGAAGCUCAGUCACCUCCAUCCCAACCUAAAAUCAACAUUUCUCAAAAUCGUGCUAUUGCUAAAGGGGCAUUCUUGAGCUCCCCAGAUGAAAGUAUUAUGUCUUCCCCGGCGGAACACAUCCCAAAACCUCAUCCUCGGGCUAACCCGCAGCCGUUGGACUUAUCGAGGAUGAACUUCCAGGAUCGCAACGUUAAUCUGCAACGCCCGCCGGAAUCACAACAUCCUGCUAAUAGACAGCGGCCAAUUGCCGAAAACCCGAGCCGUGUAAUGAACGAAUCAAAUAAUAUUCCAGCUUAUCCCCAGGUGACUCCUUCCGAAUCCGAAAUUCCUCCGGCUGAGGAUUCUCCUACUUUGGGCCCUACACCUACAAUGACAGGCCUUAGUGGUAUGGUCCGUCAGCAUCUGAGAUCAGACAGUAAUAACUCUUCAAUAUACGGCGUCUCUCCAUCCGCGGGAUUGACAUCCCGUUUCCCUGUGGACUCUUCCGAGCGCAUGGCCGAUGUUGAAUACAACCGCAGGAGUAAUCCUUGGGAUAAUGAGGACUGGGACAAAGCUUAUCACGAAUCCUAUGAACCGUCUGAUGCGCAGGCAAUAAAUGGUGCAGCUUCCGCAUCUUUAUCAUUCCCUUCUACGAGUGCCAGCACUGAACAAGCUGAGAGACCUUCCUGGGAACGGGAAUUGGAUGCUCAUCAUACCAGAGAUGGAAGUACGGAGACUCAGAAAGAGCGUCAGCAUUUCAAGAACGACCUCGCAGAACGGCGAAAACGAGUUCAGGAGAACUUGAAGAGUUUUGUGGAGACCGAAAGCAGAUCUGCAAGCCCUUUGCCAGGAUCUGAAUGGUCGAAAGACGAGAAUGCGAGAAAUGCAGCGAGGAGUAAUCCACUAGGCCUUCUCAAGUCAAAGUCGCGUCGAGGAUCCCUGGUUGGGAGACCAAAGGAGCCAAGCCCAGCCUCUCAGGCAAAAGCAAUGAAAAUGAUGGGCCUCGGAACCACAACCAUAAGCAGCUCACCAUCUCCGGCCAAGCAGAGCUUUGAGGCAAACUAUCGAAAUCAAGAGAAUGGAGAUCAGGCUUCUCAUGUGCCUAAUUUGGUCCAGAAUCCUGGAGGCCCUGUCCAUCCCCCACAGACAAAAGCCUUUCGGCAGGCGCGAAGAGAUGCUCAACGUGACAGAGAACGACAGGUUACGACCAGACACCAACCAAAACUGGCCCGUGAAGCAGACCGGUCUGAAUGGCCAAGUUCUCCAGCUGAGUUUCAUCCGAGACCGAACGAGCAGAGACCCAAUGAGCAGAGGAGAGAAAAUGUACCCCCAAAUAUCAGAACUCGCCAACGCUCUCCGAGCCGAGAUAGGAAGCCUCCACCAGUUACGGUUUCGCACCGAAAUGGCAGUCAAGAGAGUAAAGGUAGUCUUGGAAGCAAUCGAUCUGGGUCUGGACCUCCUUCUCGUGCGUCACGAGAUAGAUCAAGCUCAGAUGCUUCUGGGCGAUCCAAGAGCCGUAAUGGUAGGUACAAGGAUGAUUUGGCAAAGGCUAUGGCCGAAGGGAUCUCUAGUUCGAGCCAAGGCAUGUACGAUGAGCUUGAGCCCCCUCCUUCUGCUCGAUUCCCUCAGAAGUCGCCUGCUACUCCUGGCUCGCAAUACCAACCAUCUCCCGUUCCGUCUCCAAUGAUAAUGGGGCCGAAUGGAAGAUCUCGAAGCAACAGCAGAGCUACUACUGGCUAUUUUGAGUCUCAGACACUGCAACCAAUUCAGACAAACGUCGCGAUGGCGAUUGGUACUUCUCCUCGACCGUCCCCUACAGCACCAUUCUCGAUCAAUUCGACUCCAGCGCAGCCUUCCCCCGCAGUAUCUACCGCUACUACUCCCACAACGCAAGGGUUUCAACCCCUGGGGCACCGUAAGAAAUCGGUCAACAAAUCGGACAUAUCUGAACCUAGAUUCGUCUCAUCUACGUCGAGAGUUACUACUAUCAACCUUCCUCCCGAGGCAUCCCUCCAGAAUGGAAUGGAAGCUGCUCCGCCGAUUCCCCCCGUGAACCCUAUGCGACGCCAGACUCGUCGGAUGUUCGGACUCAAGAAAGACUCCGAUGGCGAAGUACAGCUGAUGCCAGCCGCCACUCAGUCCACAGAAGAAAUGAGCACUUUCUCUGCCGAUGAAGGGGAUUCCAAGCCCAAGUCCCGAAAGCUCCGAAAGAGCUCCAGCGAAGGCGGAAACCUCAACGCCAGAGCUCGACAAGCAGUCAAUGCCCAACCGAGUCCAGCCAUGCCUUCUGCUACGUUCUCAGUCAGCAGAGGAGACAGUCCACCGCGUCCCGUUGAUGGGGGCAUGUUUUAA